CUACAACUGGAGUUGUGCCCUUCAUACCUAAAUGAGCAUCUUUAAACUUUAUAUAUGACGACAAACUCCAACUGGACAUCAUCGUUGCCUUCUGCGCACUUUUUUCCAGCCAUGACUGCACACAUUCGGUGUACUUUUUCACUAAUGUUUGGUGUACAUUAGCUGGCAAAUAAAACCCUCGUGUCCCCUUCAGCCAGACGAACGUGGGUUGCCGGAUUAGUUUUGGGUUUGUAGCUAAAAAGCUCUUUUAAAUUCAGAAUGCCUGGGACAAACCACUAUAACGUUUAUUAAUACCCCGUUUAAAAGUCGCCAGAAAUACGCGUCUUUAAAAAACCAAUCAAUCAAAUCAUAUCAACGCAGUUUGUCAGUCUGAUUAAUUACAUUUCAUUUCACAAACGAAACAAACAAACCCAAUUUGGCAACCCUGUGAGAGGCGAGUGCAGCUGAGUGGCGUGCGGCAACGUGACGCGCACGAGAGGAGGCGCUCAGAGUGCCUUAUAUAUGUGUAUGUAUAUAUAUUUAUAUAAAUAACGUCCGCUCAGCUUCCAGGUUACACCUGACAUUUCAGCAGACACGUUCUCUUAUUUCUGAAGCGAGGAGACAUUACUUAAAACCGUGUACUCUCACAGCCAUGAUUAAGAAAAUGUCACCAUCAGAAAACGACUUUGACGUCCCAGCAAAGAACUGCUACAGGAUGGUGAUUCUGGGCUCCACUAAAGUUGGCAAGUCGGCUAUAGUGUCCCGGUUCCUCACCGGUAAAUUCGAUGAGCAGUACACACCGACUAUAGAAGACUUCCACAGAAAACUUUACAGCAUCAGAGGAGAUGUUUACCAACUGGACAUUUUGGACACCUCUGGAAACCAUCCAUUUCCUGCUAUGAGGAGAUUAUCUAUCCUGACAGGUGACGUAUUCGUUCUGGUGUUCAGUCUGGACAACCGAGAGUCGUUUAACGAAGUGCAGCGCCUGAAGCGUCAGAUCUACGAGACCAAGUCGUGCCUGAAAAAUAAGACUAAGGAGAACAUGGCUGUGCCGUUGGUGAUCUGCGGGAAUAAAGGAGACCGUGAGUUUCAGCGCGAAGUGGCACGUGAGGAGAUCGAGCAGCUUGUGGCCGGGAACGAGCAGUGCGCGUACUUCGAGAUCUCUGCCAAGCGCAACACCAACGUGGACCUUAUGUUCCGCCAGCUCUUCGACAUGGCCAAGCUGCCCAACGAGAUGAGUCCUGACCUGCACCGCAAGGUAUCAGCGCAGUACUGCGACAUGUUACACCGCAAGUCGUUUAAGGGCAAGAAGCCGAAAGACUGUGACGCGUACGGUGUGGUUGCGCCUUUUGCGCGCCGCCCCAGCGUGCACAGCGACCUCAUGUACAUCAAGGAAAAGGCUGUCGGUGGUGCCCACGGCAAGGACAGGUGUGUAAUUAGCUAAGCGCUUCAUUCUGAAAAUAUAAAAUUACACGGGAUGAAACGGAGAUGUUGAACUGCACGCCGGACGGAAGCGCGCACGAGCGAAUGGAGAAGCGGAGUGCAGAUGCGCACGGGGUCCAAAUGGACUGGACGCUUUGUGGUUGCGCGCUUCAUUAAACCAAGCAAGAAUCCUGCUGAUGGAGUGUUGACUGUGUUCGGUUUACUCAUAGCGCUCGGUAGUUUCGAUCAGCUUUGAGAAAAUAGUGUUUUGUUCCAUCCGUAUUUGAACAUGGUGAAAUAGGCCACGAGCGCAGAGCCGCAGUGUUGAAUUAACUGAUAGUGUUUACAUUUUUGUAUGUUUUAUAAAAUCAUUGAACUUAUAUGAAUAUGUACUUUUUUUUUGAACAAAGUGGUGUUAAACGUUCAUUUAUACUUUGUAAAUGUUUUAAACAAGAAAUAAAUAAACUGGCAAAUGAAUAUA